AUGGCAACUAACGAAUUCAGCGGUGUGGCGGAUACAGUGAAACCAACCCGUAUCCAUGGCUCAGUAAUAAUAUCCAAAGUAAUUUUCGUCGUCAUUUUGUUUAUCCUAAGCUUCCUAUUCGCUAUUCUACCGCUGAAAUUUAAAAAUUAUUCAGCAAAAGCUAACCGCAUUAUUAUCCACUAUGGAAGUUGCGUAUCAUCUGGCGUCUUUCUAGGUACAUGUUUACUUGUACUAUUGCCGAAUGUGGAGAAUAUAUUAAUGAACCGUUUCCAUACACGAUAUCCAUUGACUCACUUAUUUGUUACUAGUGGUUUUCUAUUGGCCAUGUUCAUCGAGCAUUCAACUACAAGCUGUAUUGAAAAAAUCAUGUAUCGCUACAAGUCUUAUAGUCCUGCAAAGAGUGAUCUAAAUACUAAGAGAAAGCAAAAAACACUCCGAAACCCGGAUUCUCCUAUCAACUAUUCCGACGAAUCGGAUAUGGAAGAUAACUGGGAUACGAAGCAACAGAACCGUCAAUACAGGGGUCACCGUACUAUAGGCAUCAUAUUAAAUAUUAUCUUAUCAUUUCAUGGAAUUUUCGAAGGUUUUACUAUUGGAUUAUUCAAUGAUCGUGCUAACUUAACUACGCUGUAUGUGGCUAUCAUGAUUCACAAGUUAUUAGUCUCACUUGGAUUGGGUAUCAAGUUAGUACGAGAGUCUUUUCAAUUGCGAGAAAUUGUGAUCUGUUCGUUGAUUUUCUCGGCUACGUCACCAAUUGGAGCCGCUAUUGCUAUAAGUGCGAAUACACAUCAAAACAUUCAAGGCAAUAUUGUAAGCGGUAUCUGUAUUGCAAUUGCAACCGGAACAUUUCUUUACAUCACCUUCGUUGAGAUGAUACCUAAAGAUCUAAAUGAAUCGAAAUGGCAGAAGAAUGCUAAACGUAUUUUGUAUAAUCAUGGGAUUUGCAUUUAUUGGUUGCAUUACUUUAUUCCUUAUAUAGAACUAUUCCAAGACUUUUCUUGUAUAUUUGAGAUAACCAUUGAUAUUGAGACGAUAUCCUAUAAUUGUGACUUCGUGUAUUAA